AAGACGUGAAGAAUGAUCAGCACGGCAUGUCACACUUCAAUUGGACCUUAGAGAGUGGCACCAACUACCAUAUUUUGCGCACAGGCUGUUAUCCCUAUAUGAAGUACCACUGCAGCAAGCGCGCUGUGGCUGAUCUCUCGCUCGAGGACAAGUUCUUUCGAUUUCUGAAGGUGAUCAAUCUGGGCUUACCUAUGCUCUUUUAUGGGCUAGCAGCCAUUCGUUUAAUCAGCCACACGGAGAUCGUUCAUGUCAGCGAUGCCGUAAAGGUGCCAAUCUACUUUCUUUACGCCGAAGAUAAGGGAGCUAGUUUUUAAUUUUGAAUAUUUAAAGCCGAAAAAGUGUCGUAUGAUUCAGAAACAAAGAGCGCCCUAUGCCUUGCAAUCUGGCGUCGGAUUCUCACACGUCUCAUCGUAGUUGUCCAGCAGCAAAGCAUUCAGCGAUUUGGCGAAUUGCGUUAGGGAGCAGGGUGCAUCGCAAUUGGGUAUGAUCAACUCUUUGGGAAACUUGUCCUCGCUGUUGUAGUAGUACACGAGUUUAACCUCGAAAUCAUCAUCGCUGAAGGAUUUGCUGUGAUGCAGUUCAAAGGCUAGAGCAGCGGCAUAAUCUGGCAAGUUUGCCGUCUGAUCCAAUAUGUUUAGUGAGUUCAUAACAUUGACCAUUGUCACGUCAUGGCCAGCGUAUAAAAAUAUCUUGCGGUCCGGAUUUAAAUUCU